AUGACUGCUGCCGCUAUUGAAAUACACAAUAACAUGGAGCCCAUGAAUGCCUUCUUGCUCGACUGGCACGUACGCGUUACAUGGAUUGCCUGGAUGACUCUGUAUGUGUUCUGGGGUGCUGCUUGGUUUUCUCGCCAUGCAUUUGAUAACUCGAACGAGAGCGAUCUGUCAACUGGUGUUCAUUCUGGUACCGCUGAUCCAGCUCUUGAUGGUCAAGAUGUUGCAAACCACCACAAGACAGUUCAGCCUCCUUCCUGGUCUCGUGGUAUCUGCAACCGUCUCAACCGUGCCCAUGAUAUGCUCCGUGAUCAAGUCUUUAUGCUCGGCUCGGUACUUACUCUGAACACCUUUGCUCGUGCUUCCACACGCGCAGUGAUGAUUCUCUCUUGGAUCUAUGUUGCCUUUGCCUUUAUUAUGUUCUUUGUUGAGGCUGGUUACAAGAAUGGUUAUGUCCGUUUCCUCUACAGUCUCCUCUUCUACGGAAUCGGCCUCACUAUCUGCGGUCUUGCGUACAGACAAGGUUUCCAUGCAUAA